UGCACGAACAAACCGCUCGCGCCUCGUGCCGGCCCGGGAUUCCAGCGGCCCGGGAGCAGCAGUUUGCUCCGAACGCUGUCGUCGGAAAGUGGCACACCCGUUUGCGCCAGCGAUCUUCCUCCCAGCCGCUCAGGGUCACAGCUGAACCAGCCGGCGAGAACGCCGCUUAAAAAAGAAAAAGAAACGAGGCCUGACUACGCAGCGCGAUGCCGCCGACACGACCCCCGGCUCCGGCUGUGCGACCCAUGGCACCAACGACGUCACCCACCGCGGCCGCGGAUGCUGCUGCUGCUACAAACACACCCGCUGCUCGAACUGCCAGACCCACGGUUCCGGCGACCUUACCUUCGGCGCCGGCGGCCCCGAGGGCCGGUGUUGGAGCGGCGGCGAGACCCGCCAUGAUGGCCGCGCCACCUGGAGGCGUCACGAUGCUACCGGCAGCCCAGCGCCCAGUGAGAUCACGUGGCCCGUUCGUUCAGAUGCCGACGCUACAGCUCGUGCAGCCCAACGUGCAACCGAUCGCGGGCUGCCCCACAGGACUCGAGUACCUGAUGCACGUCGACCAGCUGCUAGUGCACCAGCAGAUUCAGCUCCUGGAAAUGAUCGUGCCAUUCGAGCAAGAGAACAAGUACGUCGUCAAGAACACUAUGGGCCAGUUCAUCUUCAUGGCGUACGAGAAGAGCGACCUGGGGACCCGCUGCUGCUGCGGCGGCAGACGGCCCUUCGAGAUGUCGCUGCUCGACUACCGGAGCGUCGAAGUGUUGCGGCUGUAUCGGCCGCUCCGCUGCGACAGCUGCUGCUGCUUUUGCUGCCUCCAGGAGAUGGAGGUUUACGCUCCGCCGGGCAACAUCGUCGGAUCGAUAAAGCAGGACUGGUCCGUCGUGUUUCCCUACCUCUCGCUUCGGGAUAGCGGCGGCAACGUAGUGCUCCGGAUCGUCGGGCCCUGCUGCACUUCGUCCAUCUGCUGCAACGACGUCGUCUUCGACAUCAUGACCAAGGACGGGAAAACAAAGAUCGGUCAGCUGUCGAAGAAUUUUAACGGCCUGCUUCUGGAGGCCCUUACCGACAUCGACAACUUCACGGUGACCUUCCCCAUCGACCUGGACGUCAAGAUGAAGGCCACGCUGCUAGGCGCGGUCUUCUUGAUUGACUUCAUCUUCUUCGAGAGCGCCGCCGAACAACGAGGAUCCACGAUGGCGUCGCGACCGGCAUUACCGACAAGACCACCACAACAUGCACCGGCACCAGCACCCGGAGGAUCGCAGGAGCAGCGGCCCACGGUGUUCGUGCCGACUAGCGGAAUGACUGCAAUGCCCAUGGCUCGAAUGCCCAUGAGCGGAAUGGCCAUGAGCGGCAUGCCCAUGAGCGUCGUGCCCGUGACAGGAAUGCGCACAACCGGAAUGCCCAUGGCAGGAAUGCCCAUGGCCGGAAUGCCCAUGGCAGGAAUGCCCAUGGCCGGAAUGCCCAUGGCCGGAAUGCCCAUGGCAGGAAUGCCGAUGGCCGGAAUGCCCAUGGCCGGAAUGCCGAUGGCCGGAAUGCCGAUGGCAGGAAUGCCCAUGGCAGGAAUGCCCAUGACCGGUAUGCCCAUGACUGGAAUGCCCAUGACCGGAAUGCCCAUGACUGGAAUGCCGGUGGCUGGCGGCCCUACCAAUGCGCAGCGCGGACCCUACGUUCAAAUGCCGACGCCGGGAUUGGCGCCGUCGGCCUUGCCGGCUGUUCAGGGUUGUCCCGCGGGUCUGGAAUACCUGGCCCAGAUCGACCAACUGCUUAUCCACCAAGCUGUACAGAUCCUGGAAAUCUUCGUUCCGUUCGAGCGGCAGAACAAGUACGUCGUGAAGAACUCCAUGGGCCAGUUCGUCUUCAUGGCGCUCGAGCAGAGCGACCUAUUGAGCCGAUGCUUCUGCGGCACCAUCCGGCCAUUCGAGAUGUCGCUGCUCGACUACCGCAACGUCGAAGUGUUGCGGCUUUUCCGGCCACUUCGCUGCGACUGCGGCCUCUGUUUUUGCUGCCUCCAGGAAAUGGACGUGCGCGAUGCAUCCGGCGCUUCGAUAGGCUCCAUCCGGAUGGAGUUCUCUAUCAUACACCCGACCUUCUCGGUUCUGGACAGCCAGGGGAACGUUGUCCUGGUCGUCAAGGGCCCCUUCUGCACAACGUCCAUCUGUUGCCAGGACGUGGUCUUCGAUAUCCUGGCCAGGGACGGCGUCUCCAAGCUGGGAGCCAUAACGAAGACCUGGACCGGAGUGCUCAGGGAGGCCCUCACCGACGCCGACAACUUCACGGUCACGUUCCCCAUAGACUUGGACGUGAAGAUUAAGGCCGUGCUGCUCGGCGCGGUCUUUGUAAUUGACUUCGUGUUCUUCGAGCAGUCCGCCGGUGGGAACAACAUGGAUUGUCCCGGCAACUUGAUAAAUUAAUUAUACGAAGAUCACCCAGAUUUUUUUUUAUUCGUUCCUCAAGACAGCCAGACUGCCCAGAAAGGCUGCAACCAUGGCAUAAUUCGGGGCCUUUGUGCAGUCGACUGCAUAUUUGUGAACGCAGUCAUAACAGCAAUUGCGUCUCGUAUUAUUGCGCUGACAGUGAGAUGGCAUUCGUUUCUGAUUUUCUGGUACGUUUCUUGCGUGAUAUAUCUUUCUUGGAUCUGUGGAGGCAGCUAAAUUGGUGUGAAAGCCGCACAGAAUUCGAGUUUUAUUUUAGAUAGGAAGCCGUUCAGUCAUGCCAUUUAUUGAUUCGUAUCAUUUCCUUCUGAAACAAGUUGCUUCUCGUGUGUCUGAAAGCAGAAAAAAGCGGAAGACGUGUUUGUAGGGUCCGUGUCAUGCUGCACGAACACUGUUGUCAUACGUCUGAACAUAUGCAAUAUCUGCCGAUUGUAAAGAGCUCGCACAGCAAGUACAAAAGUAAAACCUGGUUACGGCGUAAAUGUCCACGUAUAACGAAGACACGGUUAUAGCGCCUAAACACUGUCACCCUCUGCCCGUCCUUUUCCUGUAGAUAUCUUCGCCUAUCCCUAUCUUGCGUCAGCCCAGCCCGUAUCGUAUACCUGCAGAUUUUUCUCGUUAUUACACCUCGUGCUUUUAA